CAAGCAUUGACGCACAUGUUCUAUAAGUACUCCACCCACUCGGCUGCUCUUGUUUCAAGUACAAUCCUUUCCAUUUCGAGAACAAGUGAAUCAAUGGGGAGAGAGAGAGAGAUGGAGGUUAGAGAAGACGACCAUGAAGACGAUACAACAAAAGCACUCUAUGAGGCAGCAGUUGCAGGCUCAGUAUCAUCUUUUAAAACAUUGAUCCAGAAAGACCGUCUCAUCCUCGACGAAGUUUCACUCACUCACUUCAGUGAAACUCCCCUCCACAUCUCAGCUCUGCUCGGCAACAUUGAUUUCACCAAGGCUAUUCUUACCCAUAACUGGAGACUUGCCACCGUGAGGGACUCCUUGAAACGCCUGCCGCUUCUCUUGGCAGCUGACGAGGGCCAAAAGGAGAUUGUUCAAGCUCUUCUGAAAGCCUACCCGGCCGCUUGCUUGUUUCCUGAUCAGUAUGGAAGAAUCCCUCUUCACUAUGCCGCUAUGAGAGGACACGCUGAGGUCUUAGUUGAGUUGAUGCACACAAUGCCCAAAUCAGUCAUGUUAAGGGUUCUUGAUAGAGGAGACACGGUUUUCCACUUAUGUGUUACUUAUAACCAAUUAGAGUGCUUGAAGCUAUUGGUGAAAGAGGUAGGGGACAAUAGAGACCUCCUCAAUGCUAGAGCUGGAUGCGAUGGUGGUAUGACCAUCCUCGAAUUAGCUGUGAUGCUAAGGCAAACUGAGACAAUAAAAUACUUGCUCUCGCUGCCUGUUGUACGAGAAGAAGCAAAGAAAGAUGGAAAAAAGGGAAGGAAAAGUGAAAAUAAGGUGAAUGGGAAAUGCUGUAACAGUGGGACUUGGGUGGAAGAGAAACGCGGCAUGCUGAUGGUUGUGGCUACCAUGAUCUCAACAAUGACAUUCCAAGCUACAAUUAACCCACCAGGUGGGUUCUGGCAAGAAAUGAACACCAAUUCGACUUUUGAUGGAGCAACUAUUUGCAGUGCAACAAAGCCUUGUGUUGCCGGAACUGCAGUCUCAAGCUACAUACAUAGAGAUUACUUCAACAACUUCCAGACUUACAAUGCCAUAUGCUUCCUUUUUUCUUUGAGCAUCACUCUUUUGCUUAUAAGCGGAUUUCCUCUCCGUAAACGAGUACUUGUCUGGCUCUUGUCAAUAGUCAUGUGUCUCACUCUCACAUUCUUGGCGCUGACCUUCAGUGAAGGUGCAAAGAUGGUAGUACCCAAAAGUGUUAAUUCUGAAUAUACUACCGCUAUCAGGAUUGUGAGUUCUGUCACAUUGUUUUGGGUUCCGCUACUUGGACUGGUUGGUUUAUAUAACGUUAUUCGACUUCUCAUUUGGCUCGUAAAGCUGUUGUGGCGCAUAAUCUUUCCCAAAAAGGAGGUGACGAUCAACGACAAUUUUCCGCCUCCCAUAAGCCCACAUGGUAGCAGUUCGAACGUCUAAGUGGAGUGAAAAGAUCGAUACUCGAUCUGUUGGCAUGUUUGCUUGAUAAAACAAUCAAACUACAAGCUAGCUAGUCACCGGCAUGUAUACUGUUAUCAAUUUAAUUUCCCCCUACUUUGAUGUUCUAUCUGUUUGGAAACAAAAAAAAAAAAAAAAUCUAGCUACUAUAUAGUGCACGCUGUUGUAUAAUUCAUCUUUUCUCCCUAUAUUGUUGCGUACGUAUUUAAUUAAGACAUGAAAUAUAAUACAUCGAUCUUUAGGUGUU